AUGACAUUCAAGCUUUCAACCCCCUUGCAAAAUGAGGCCGCCAUCAGGCUAUCAGCUGAAACUGCAUCCCAACUCAAUUCUCUCAUCGACAUUCUUCUCUACAGUAACCACAACAGCUUUGUAUCCGUUACCAUGGAUCCAGCCAGCAUAAUCGGCACUACAUCCGCGGCUAUCACUUUUGUUGAAACACUCGCCAAAAUAGUUUCAGUUGCUCGAAAGGUACAUCGUGCUACUGAUGAACUAGAUGAACACAAACGGCUGAGAGAUGCUGCUUCUGCUCUAGAGCCUGCCAUCACCGCAUUAAUUGACAAAAGCAAAAACCAGACUCCACUUUCGCCGGUGGAGAAAAGUUUGUUGGAGGUUGCUAAGCAAUGCCAGGAUGUUAGCAACCGGAUUAUCCAUCUCAUGGAUAGUUACCAGGUUGGGCCAGUAUCCCACAAUGGUAACAGUUCACCAUCAUCAGAGAAAAGCAUCACCGGGCUCUCAUCUGUCAAGAAGAGUAUGAAGGUCACAUUUCGCAUUAUACGCGGCGAACGGGAAGAAGAAGGGCUGAGGCAGGAUUUCGACAGGUGCAAUAGGCUACUCAACAUCCAUCUGGAACUGAUCUUCAAAUCCAAGGUCCUCGAAAAGAUCGAUGCCGUCUUUGUGAAAUAUCGUCAGGAAGCCUCCGCCGAAUUCGAAUCUAUUCGCGAUACUCUACAAACUACUCUCGUAGACAUUCACCAACAGUCCGAAGAUCUCGUUAAACAAGUCAACUUUAUGAAAGUGACACUUGAUGAAGUGGCUGGCAACGACUCCCACUGGCUUCAACAAAUCAGCAAGCUUCAGAAGCUCUUUGAGACUUCCCACCAAACAAUAGAACAGAUCAAGAACCAUCAGAUUCUGAAGGCUAUUGCCUUUCAUGAUAUGAGAAUGAGGCACCAUCAGAUUGCUAAUGUCGAGCUAGCAGAGAAGACAUUUGAAUGGAUGGUCAAGGAUGAGACGGUACCUGCGUCACAGCCACAUUUAAAGCAAUCCUUCACAAACUGGCUCAAGGAUGGAGAAGGAAUCUUUCACAUCACUGGAAAGCCAGGUAGUGGCAAAUCGACAAUGAUGAACUUACUUGCCAGUCACCCAGAUACCAGAAAGCACCUAGAAAAGUGGGCUCGCAACGGAAACCGGAUCAUUAUAGCCUCGAUGUUUCUGUGGAACCCUGGGUCGGUGCAGCAGAAAAGUGUAGAUGGAGUGUACAGGACUCUGCUCUAUACUAUCCUGAACGAUCAAAAAGAGCUCAUCCCUCACCUCUUUUCCGACCUUUGGAACGCAUCCAGUGAAGAGCUGCCAAUAACACGGCAGUAUCUUGAAAUAAGCCGAAAAGAAAUAGAAGCAGCUCUUCAAAAGUUGAUUACCGACUCGACUCAAGGAUACCAGUAUUGUUUCUUUAUCGAUGGACUAGAUGAAAUCAAGGAUGAGAGCAAGUCCAGUUUCAGGUUUUCAACCGAGCUUUGCAAUUGGGCACGAUGUCAAAACGUUAAACUAUGUCUUUCCAGUCGUGAACAGAGGCCCUGGACGAGCUAUUUUGAAGGGUUCCCGAAACUGAAAAUCCACCUAACCACAAAGCAAGACAUCCGGAGAAUGAUUGACAACUAUCUACUCCAUGACCGCCACUUGAAGACCUUUCCCGCCGCUGAGAGAGAAAGGUUUGUCAGCAGAUUCGUCGGCAUGGCUGAAGGUGUCUUUAUCUGGGUCAAGUUGGUUUUGAGGGAGCUGGAAGAAAGCUUGAACUACGAACUCCCCCUAAGCACCCUCUAUCACGUUCUUGAUACCUUUCCCCGUGAACUGGACGAAUUUUACGACAGUAUUAUGUGCCAGAUCCCAAAGCGCGAGAAGAGUCUAGCUGAUGCGGUUUUUGAUGUUAUCAUAGAGACCCAUAAAUGGCCGAUGAGGGAGAUAUUCAACAUUCGUCAUCACGUCAUUCUGCGAGAUGUGAUAUCGUGUCCCGAUAUCUAUCAACUGACCUCUAAGCAUAUGGCACCACAAGCAUUUGAUCCCAUCGAGGACUUUCGGAAAGUAAUUCCUUGGAUUUUCCGUGGCAUGGUAGAAGUCGUUCAGUGGCGUCGAGAAGACCCAGAUACAGACUUUUUGACAUUCUCUCAUCGUUCGGUGUACGAAUAUCUGAGCACUGGCUCAAAACAUAGGAGUCCUCGGUCAAAAGUUGAUACUCUGAAGAUGGUUGUCCAAUGUUUAAUUGCGAAAGCCAAUUUUUAUGAGUUUUCCAAGUUCAAAACUGCGGUCUUCUUAGAUGACUUAUUGCCUGAAAUUGAGCAGACACACGAUAACUCAAUCCUGCCGCUUCUAGGUUCACUAGAUGAAACCCUGCUUCGUCGUCAAAGCAAGCAAUUUCAAAGCCUCGCCUGGAACUUUCAUAGCAGCUCGAAAUUCAUACCUUUCGGCGAGAAAGACAUUGAAAUGGUAUUUUUUCGAAGCUGUAAACAGCGUUUCUAUUCAUAUGUACGCUGGGCGAUACGAAAUACUCCAUACUGGAGAGACAAUGAACUCUUUCGGGCUUCCGCUAUUGCUUUUCUUUCAUCGCCAGAUACAUACAUAUACCCCUCACCGGGUGAGGCUUUAAAGAUUCUUCUUAGCGACGAAUUUGGCCCUAACUUUUGGUAUACUCAUCCUUCAUUUCCCUGUCCUAUAUCGCCAUGGACACGGUUUCUGUUUUACAUUAUUGGAAAAAGAGCACACAGGCCCUCUAGGUUUCGCCUGCCAUGGCCAGACAGGUUAUGGCAAGUUCUAGGCGUGUUCAUUGACAACAAGGCGGAUCUCGAUCUUCUUUUCAGCUGGACUCUUCAAAAAACUUCUACGUAUCCCCGUAGAUUCUAUAUCAAGGAUAUUCGGGUCGGGAACAGGGUACAGCAUGACAGCCAGUAUCCCAAGACAGAUGCGCUUUUCUACAAGGGAAAGAAAUUCUAUGUGUCACGAGAAUUUAGAAUGAAAUUUCCUCGUGGCGGCUCAGCGCGGGAAAUCGUUGCUUAUUUCGCACCCGAAGAGUACUUAGCACUUCUUUGUUAA